UGGAGGGGGUUUGGCUCCCUGCGUAAUCUGACCCCGGCGCUCGGCUCUUUAAAGGAAUAAAGGAUGAAUUUACUGAAUGGAGAUCUGCUGAAACGUCUCCUGAGUUCAGAGCAGGACUGAAAACUCAUAAAGACGAAGCGGCGGAGAAUGAAUCAUUUGGAAGAGACAGUUUUCAGAGAGUUUACGAACAUUGGAGGCGCAGCGCUGCGAUGCGAUGCGUAAUGUGAAGUGAAAACAUUCAAGUUAAUAUUUCGGCCGGUCAAAAGGACAGUCACAAGGUUGGCAGACUGGCACAGAUGGCAGAGGUGAUGGAGGGCAGCACAGACACGGCAGCGGUGCCCAACACCAGUAUAGACUGGCAGAAAAGAUGCAUCACCCUGGAGACGCAGCUCAUGAGGUUUCGCCUGCAAGCGGGAAAAAUUCGGCACCUACUUGCUGAGAGGAUGCAAGAGUUAGAACAUAGAGUGACAGAGGCUGACCAGCGAGCAGAGAAUGCUGAAAAACAGGUCCACAUUAUGGAGGAGAAACUGAAGUCUGCAAACAUGCAACCCAGCGAAUCAGAAAAUUCAUUGUACAAGCGUUAUCAAGAGCUGAGCAGUCAAAUGCAGGAGAAAGACAUGAUCAUACAGAGACUUGAAGCACAACUGGAAAAGCAGAACUUGGUUCGAGCCCAAGAAGCCAAGAUUUUAGAGGAGAAGGCUGCUAAAAUCAAAGACUGGGUCACGUUUAAGUUACGAGAGAUGGAAUCAGAGAAUCAGCAGUUGAAGAAGGCCAACCUGAAGCAGGCAGAGCAGAUCAUUAUACUGCAGGACAAGCUUCAAACUGUUCUUGAGAGGCCCAUGUCUCCAGCUGUGGAUGCCCACCUGGUCCCCUCCAGUCCCCUCCACCCUCCCAGCUGCCCUGGGACACCCCCUGCCCAAGAGGAGAGUUGGAGACUGACAGGAUCUCUCAUAACUGCAGCAAACUCUACAGAUAGCAAGAGGAAAAUCACAGAAGGUUGUGACUCUGCAUUUCAUAGUGCGUCCAUACUUCCCACAAUACAAGACAAAGCAGACAACUCUCUCAAGGCUAGUCAGGAUGGGAUUGAUUGCACAAUCCUGGUAAUGGAGGGGGUGGAGUCUUCUUUUGGAGUGACAUGUGAGAGAGCAUUGGGAGGAGCCUUAGACAGAGAUCACUCCUCUGAUGAGCUCAACAGCAAAUUCCGUUCCCAGCGCCUACGAUCUUCCUCCUCAUCCUCUUCCUCAUCCUCCUCAGCAUACGAGACCCCUGGUCCUGGUGGCUUUGACACGCCCACCCCCACUCCUAAAAGCCCUACACCCGCACCCCUAUCCCCCCCAUUAAUCUGCCUCCCUCUGUCAUGCCCCUUUCCUCUGGCCUUACCCUCAGGCACAAGCAUGACCCUUCCCAAAGUUCGCACCCCAUUAACCCCUCGUGACAGCAUUCAACUCGUGAAGAAGCACCACAGUCAGCCACAACCCGGCAUCGAGCGCCUCCACCAGGUCAGCAUCAACAUCGAUAUUGGAAACUGCUCCUCUCCAUCUUGCCAUAGUCUUUUCCAAGGUUCAAUGCCCACACAUGGGCUAGAGGAGACGGACAUUAAUGAAGGACCUCCAGAGAGCAUGGAGGGUGUGGUGGAGGGACUACAGAUGGAAGCAUUGCCCUCUGAUGGAGGCUUAUAUGAUGGGUUGGCCAAGGAACUGGAGAUGUUAGAUCCAGAAGCUCUUAAACCACCUACUCCACCUCUACACCGAUUCCCCUCUUGGGAAAGUCGCAUCUACGCAGUAGCUAAAUCAGGAAUGAGAGUCUCAGAGGCCUGUCUUGGAGCCAAGACUAUUGGGAGAGUAUCCACCCAACCUCAGCACUCUGCUGUUGGCCCCUUCGCCCACCUCAUUUAUAAGAACAUCAGUGUUCCGGUGUACUCAACACUUAAAGGGAAGGCGACUCAGAUCAGCAGUGUUCCUCUCCCAGAUGAUGACUCUGGCUCAGAGGAUGACAGCAGCUCAUUGGCCAGCCUGCACACAUCUACACUAGGGCCAGAAAAGAAGGGCAGUACUCCUGGCAGCCCCCGCGCUGUCAAAAGAGGUGUGUCCAUGUCCUCUAUCAGUUCUGAGAGUGACUAUGCCAUUCCUCCUGAUGCAUAUUCGCUGGACAGUGACUGCUCUGAGCCCGAACACAAGGUCCAGCGCACAUCGUCCUACUCCUGUGAGAGCAUCGGGCCGGACACUCUGGAGAAAGCGGGUUACUUGUUGAAGAUGGGCAGUCAGGUGAAGGCAUGGAAGAGGCGCUGGUUUAUUCUGAGAAAUGGAGAGAUCUUAUAUUAUAAGUCUCCGAGUGACGUGAUCCGGAAACCUCGGGGCCAAAUGGAGCUGAACUCCUCUUGUCAGAUCACCCGUGGAGAGGGAGCUCAGACAUUCCAGUUAAUAACAGAGAAGAAGACCUUUUACCUGGCUGCUGACUCUCCCAAUAUCCUGGAGGACUGGAUCAGAGUUCUACAGAAUGUUCUGAAGGUUCAGGCCAGUGGACCCGUUUCCAUGGAUAAGGAAGCCAAACCCACAGUGCGAGGCUGGCUAACUAAGGUGAAACAUGGUCAUUCAAAGCUUGUGUGGUGUGCUUUGUUUGGGAAAGUGUUCUACUAUUACCGUAACCAGGAUGACAAGUUCCCACUGGGUCAGCUACGAGUUCGGGAAGCACGGGUGGAAGAAGUGGACAGGUCAUGCGACUCUGAUGAGGAUUAUGAAGCAGGUGGGCGGGGCUUCCUCUCCUCUCACUUCACUUUAGUGGUCCAUCCCAAAGAGCAAAGCCCCACCUACCUGCUUGUUGGCACCAAACAAGAAAAGGACACCUGGUUGUACCACUUGACUGUUGCAAUGGGCAGUUGUGCAAGCCUCAAGGUGGGCACAGAGUAUGAACAUCUGAUUGGCAAGCUGCUUGAUGUAGACGGAGACCCAGACUCCGCAAUGUGGAAAUGUGAAGUGCUGUGCUUCAGUAAGGAGGGUCUUCGUUCCCCCCUCACCACUCUCCCCUCUGAAGCACUUCAAACAGAGGCUCUCAAACUCUUUAAGUCAUGCCAGCUCUUCAUUAAUGUGCUGGUGGAGUCUCCCUCCAUAGACUACCACACCUCGCUGGCCCAGAAUGCACUGCAGGUGUGCCUAACACAUCCAGAACUGCAGAAUGAGAUGUACUGUCAGCUGAUCAAACAGACCAACUGUCGCACUCCACACAACUACGCUCUCACACAGUGCUGGCAGCUGUUAUCAUUGUGUGUGGCUCUCUUCCUGCCCCAGCAUCACUUUCUGUGGUACCUGAGGCAGUACCUGCAGCGGAACGCAGAUCCCAGGAAUGAGGUGGGGAAAUAUGCUGUGUACUGUCAGAGGUCAGUGGAGAGAACUUUGCAGAAUGGAGAGAGAGAGGCCAAGCCUUCACGGAUGGAGGUGCUUUCUAUUCUGCUGCGAAACCCUUACCAUCACUCCCUACCCUUCAGCAUACCCGUUCACUUCAUGAACAACACUUAUGAGGUUGUAGGUUUUGAUGGCUCCACCACAGUGGAGGAGUUCCUAAACACACUGAACCAGAGGGCAGGCAUGAGGAAGCCCCAGUUUUCAGGCUUUGCUCUCUUCACUGAUGACCCCUUUGGCAAAGACCUGGAGCACUGCCUGCAGCCCAGCAAUAAAAUAUGUGACGUGAUCUCCAAGUGGGAACAAGCACUGAAAGAACUUCAUCCUGGAAAAUAUGAAGGAACACGGAUUGUCCGCCUGACUUAUAAAAGCAGGCUGUGUUUCCGAGCUCAGGCUAAGGGAGAGACUGAGCGAGAGCGCCUCCUGUUGGCAUAUCAAGUAAACGAUGAGGUACAACAAGGGCACUUCCCUGUCAGUAAGGAACUGGGCCUGGAAGUGGCUGCGUUGAUGGCACAGGUUGAGCAUGGUGACCUUGACCGCCCAGCAAUGUCUCCCACUGGUUCUCCACAGCCAAAGACCCAACAGAUCCUUCUGCAGGUACUGGAGCGUUCUUAUCCCAAACACUACAAGCAGGAAUGCAGCAUGGAGCAGCUCAGGGACCUUGCUGAGCGUUUGGCCACUAAGUGGUCUGUCCUGCGUGGAUGUACAGCCUCAGAAUGUGUGAGAAUCUAUCUGACUGUGGCCCGCAAAUGGCCUCUGUUCGGGGCCAAACUUUUCAGUGCCAAGCCAUUGCUUCCCUCUUCACUGGAGCAGAUUCAGGUGUGGCUGGCGGUUAAUGAAGAUGGGCUUAGUGUUUUGGACUACACCAUGCACCCGGUAGCCACAUAUCCGUACCAGUCAGUCAUUACCUUUGGAGGCUGCAAGGAGGACUUCAUGGUUGUGGUUAGCCAGAUUAAGGACCAGGCUUUGGGAAAGAAGAUUGUGGAUAAACUUUUAUUUGCAAUGGCUAAACCAAAGAUCCUGGAACUGACUCUUCUCAUGGCUAGUUAUAUUAACUACUGGACCUCCACCUUACCAGGGGCUAGCAACCAGACACAAGGCUCUGCACUAGGGCCUCAAGGAGACAGGAAGUUUUGGGACAUAGACAGCAGACACUUCCCCUCAAUGACAUACACUACCAAAGGCCCCACUCUUCUUUAACAGUCUGGACACAUAGCUGACCUAUCGGAUAACCUACAUACACAAACAGAAAUGUGCACUUCAAACUCGUUUGAUCUGAAUUAAUUUAAUUAGGGAAAUGAUUCAAACUUUUUGUGUUGGAAAGAUCAAACCGUAAAUUGGGACUUAUUUAUUAUGUGAAGAGAUCAACUACUUGCAUACUCAUCAAAGUCCAAAAUACUAAAUCAUAAAUCACAAGGUGGGUUUACAAAUGGAGGCUCAUUGUAAGAUCACCCACAGAGUCAGUACAGCUCCAACUUGCAAAAAAAGCUAGUUUUUGAAGGAUUAGUUCUUUUAGACUUGAAGCCACAUUUAGGAAUUUUAAUUUGUGCAUUACAUUUCUCUUUUUGUUUUUCAGUUGUUUGUGCAGGACAUUUCUACUGUUUGAUGGUACAUUAUUUAAUGGUACUGCCAGUAAUUUGAACUGCAUAUGUUGAGAUUAAAUUACUCUAUUAUUUUUCUUGAUGGGUAAAGACAUACCAAUCAUCAUCUCUUUCACAAUUAAUGUCUACCUACAAGCAAGGUUACCAGUAUACAGUAUAAAAAGUCUUCUAUGGUAAAUAUUUCUUUAUAGCUCUUUCUUUCCAACUGUUGCUGGUAUAAUUUUAUUGAAAUGACCAGUUGGAACGGUGGAGGCAGAGAACUGUACUGACGUCUACUGGUAGUUUAACACGGUUAAAAAAAAAAAAAAUCACAUUUAUUGCUGUUUUUUUUUUUUUUUUUUUUUCAUAUUUCCAAGCAGCAAAUGACAGAAAAUGUAAUAAGUGAAUUUAUAGUUUUCUCUUAUAUGGUACGUUUUAUUUUUCUGUUGUACCACCAUACAUCAUGCUUAAUCUGAGCCAAACUGUUAAUAUGUCAAAAAAAUGUGUCUAGUUUUAAAUGGUUAGUUACAAGGGUACCGGGUACAGACACACAUUUCAUAUUUGCUCACUAGCCAUGGUCUUUCCUCUGUAAAAAUUCAUGGAACGCCCCAUGCCUUUCUCAACAUAAUGGAAUAUAUGCAGGACCAUAUAUUUUCCUUGAAUUUGUUGCAUGAGAAUUGUACAAUAGUUAUGAUUAUGAUAUCAUGAUAAUGUAUUUUUUACAUGUAGUUUAUUUUUUUUUUAUAGAUCUUUUAUUUGCCAUACAAAGACAUUGCAUGUUUUCAGCCACAGAAAAUAACUCUUUUUCAUGAAUCACAUUAACUCUUAAUGUUAACUAUUUUGCAAGAGCACAAAACAAAUUAACAAAUAUGUUUUAGCAAAAGAUAAUUUACAAAGCUUGUAAAGACUCUUGAUAUGGCAGUACAUUGAGAACUGGAGGACACGGCAGUGUGGAGAUUAGUUUUGAAAAAGAGCCAUAAUUACGAUACAAGUGACUUGAAUUGUUCUAUGAAUCCGAACCACUGUCUCUGUAUUUUGAAUAUUUAUUUUGUCAUGUUGUUUUUGAAACAUUGAAUUUUUAGUGUAACCAACUUGUUUUUAUAUAGUCAGGCUUAGUUCUUUUCUAUAGAAACCUUGAAGUGCUCUAAGUGGAUUAGGAAUAAUGUCACUUUUUCACUGCUAAAGUAGGCCAUAAAUGUGGUUGUGCAGACAUUAAGAGAUUAUACACUACAUGCAUAGAGAGAUAACUGGAAAUAAAACAUUUUUGCAAUGUGCUGCUGUGUUCUACCCAAGUUUUAGUAAAAGUUAGGAAGAACUUAUCAUUUUAAGGGUAAGCUCAGUGUUUAACCUUUACAAUACAAGCAAGAGAAUAAAUUAUAUUGCCCUUAUGCACAAUAUGAUUAUUCCUCUUUAUCAUUUGUGUAGAACACUUCUCCGUUUAAUCAUUUUAUUAAGAGGUUAUUUCUGGAUUUCCUCCAUCCAAGAAACUCUUUUUUCAAGUGGCAAACCUCUCUCUUUACACCCUAAGCAGUUAUAGUCAGGGAUUUUGUAAGGUCUCAGACAAAUUUUCUUACAGAACAGUUUGUUUAGUUUCACUUGUUCUUAUAUUGCAGAAAAAUUGAUUAAUAACUGAAGUAGUUUUGCUGGCCACUGUAUACGAAUAUAGACAGGGUGGGGUUUUCACUGCCCUCUCCCUCCAGGCAGGUCAAAGUGCUAAUGGCAUUUUCCUGCCAAUAGCCUGCUAUAAAUUCACAAUUGAAAAUUAAACAAGGGGAAAAACGUGUAUGUUCUAAGCUAACACAUUAAUAUGCUCAUUACUCAGCCAGACACUUUUAAGCAACUUCUAAUAUUGAAUUUGGAAAAGCCUGCUUUUCUUUGUAGCCUUCUGCUGAAAAUAAAUAAAUAAAUAAAUAAAAACUGUGGCUCACAACAUGGUUUGGA